AUGGAUGCAGAGCACACCCGUGUGUUUGAGCUUAACGAAGAAAAUGAAGGGUUCCCAUCUAACUACAUUAAGACUACCAAAUACAACAUUUUUACUUUUGUACCAGUAUCUUUGUUAGUACAGUUUCUCAGGAUUGCGAACAUCUAUUUCCUGAUUAUCUGUAUCUUGACCUUAAUCCCAGCGAUUUCUACUAUUACACCUCUGACUGCAAUCCUUCCACUCGUGUUCGUCUUGCUCGUUUCAAUGAUCAGAGAGGGAAUUGAGGACUUCUACAGAUACACAUCCGAUAGGCAAUCAAACGGAAAGAAGGUAGAUGUUCUGAAUGAAGAUAACAGAUUCGAGGAGCAAUCUUCAAAAGAUCUCAAAGUUGGAGACAUCGUCAUGAUCCAUAGCGAAGAUACCUUCCCUGCAGAUAUUGUAAUGCUCAAAUCCUCCAAUGGUCCAAAUGCUUUCAUCCAAACUAGUAGUCUUGAUGGUGAAAAGAAUCUCAAAAAGCGUUACGUACCCAAGGGGCUUGAUGCUUACACCAAACCAGUUGAUGAACAGACUUACCUUCUUGGAGGAACCUGAACCACUCUUUUGCCAGACAAAGAUUUGCAUGAUUUCACAGGAAAAUUAGAGGUGAAAAACAAGACAUAUGCUCUCUCAAUAGACCAGCUCAUGCUUAAAGAUGCUAAACUCAAAAACACGAAUUGGAUCAUUGGAACAGUGGCUUUCACAGGAAGAGAGACUAAAGUCAUGCUCAACAGUACAAAAUCCAGAAUUAAGAUUAGUAACCUUGAGAAGCAGCUAAACAAUGUCAUCAUCUUCUUGUUCUGUAUCCAAAUCUUGAUAUGUGUAACCCUCAGUGUGAUCAUGGCGAUCUAUGAUGAUGUUAAAGAUGAUAACCAGGACUAUUACCUAGGAAAUGGAAAUUCAGAUGAAAACCCAUUCCUAAAUUUUUUCAGUUUCUUCCUACUAAUGAGCACGCUUAUCCCAAUUUCCUUGAUAGUCACUCUUGAAGUUCUCAAAGUGAUACAGUGUUAUUUCAUCUCCCAAGAUGUCCAUAUGUUCGAUGUUGAAGCUGGAGGAGGUACUAAAGUUAGUUCUACCACAAUCAACGAAGAACUUGGCCAAGUGACUUACGUGUUCUCAGACAAGACCGGAACUCUCACCCAGAAUAUAAUGGAAUUCAAAGCUCUCCAAUGCGGCCACGAAACCUAUGGAGAAGCUGGUGAGGCAGGCUUCACUAGAAAAUUAUCUAACAUUGAGAGGAAGAAGGAGCUCGAAACUAACUUCAAGUCUAGAAAACUUGACAGAGUCUUAAGACAAGGAGCCGGCCACUCUGAUAGCCCAGUUGUGAUCGCUUCGCUUAACGGAAGGACUAAGAUGAAGCUUCGUUCUGAGACUGAAAAAGUUCAAGAGCUUAUAAAGCUUCUCUCUGUUUGUCAUGACUGCGAAGCUGAAGAAGCAACUGUUGAUGGAAAAAAUAUUAAGUUUUAUCAAGGAGCUUCUCCUGACGAGAUCACUUUAGUUGACUUUGCAAGAGACCAAGGCUUUGAGUUUGAUGAAUCUAAUGACAAAAGCAUCUAUACUACUCUAAAUCCAGAAUCUGGCCUUGUAGAAGAGCCUGAAAGAAGAGAGUAUACCAUUCAUAAAAAGAUCCCAUUCACUAGCGCUAGGGCAAGAAUGAGUGUGCUCAUCACAGAUCCUGAUGAUGGAUUAUACAAGCUAUACAUCAAAGGAGCAGAUACUAAAAUCAAAGCUCUCCUAGACCCAAAGCAGAAGGAUCCAAAAGUAAUGGAUACCCUUGAAGAGUUCUUAACCACAGCUUCAACUCAGGGUCUUCGUACCCUCCUUAUGGCUUGCAGAGUUAUCGACCAGCAAGAAUUUGACCAGAUCCAGAGAGAUCUCAAAGAAGCUGAAGCUGAUGUAACCAAUGCUAAGGAAAGAGUAGCCAAAAUUGCAGAAGAAUAUGAAAAAGGUGUCGUUCUCCUUGGUGCAACCUGUGUUGAAGAUAAACUCCAGGAAAAUGUCCCACAAACCCUUGAGGAUUUUAGAAGAGCCAAUAUCAAGGUAUGGAUGCUCACUGGAGACAAACUUGAAACUGCUAAAAAUAUCGGAUUCUCUUGUAAACUUUUGACUGAAGAUAUGUUUAUUUUCCAAGCCCAAGGUCCUGAAGAGGCUAAGGAAGUCUUCACAGAGCAAAGAGUGGAAGACAAUCAGCAACUCAUGAAAGACGGAAAAGCAAGAGCCAUUGUCUUUGAUAGUGGAGCUCUUGGGUACCUAUUUGCUAACCCUCAGUCCUUGAAGCAUUUUAUUUCAAUAGCUAAAUCAUGUAAUGCCGUAGUUCUUAGUAGAGCGAGUCCAGCUCAAAAGGCUGAUAUUGUAACUUUGAUCAAGAAAGAUGACCCUUCUAACAUUACCCUCUCAAUUGGAGAUGGCGCAAAUGAUGUCCCAAUGAUUUCAGUCGCCGAUGUCGGUAUAGGAAUCUUCGGAAAAGAAGGUGUAAACGCAGCCCAAGCUGCUGAUUUUGCAAUUUAUCAGUUCAAAUUCAUCUGGGAUCUUGUCUUAUACCAUGGCAGAUUUAACUACAUCAGAAACUCUGAGCUAAUCUUGUACUUCUUCUACAAAAAUGUGAUAUUUACUAUUCCACAAAUCUAUUUUGCUUUUGUAUCAGAUUUCUCAGCUCAAACAAUCUUUGAUGAUUGGUAUAUCUCAUUCUAUAAUCUAUUCUUCACUUCGAUCCCAAUCAUCAUGAGAUCUAUCUACGAGACUGACAUCGAUUGGCAAGUAUGGGGUAGGAAUGAACAAAGAGACCCUGAGGAAGAUAGGAUGUCUAAAAGAGAGACAAUCCGUAACUUCACCCCUAGGCUGUACUACAUUGGAAACAGGAAGACAAUUUUCACCUAUAAAAACUAUGCUAUAUGGCUCUGAAUCUCUGUAACCCACAGUGUGAUAGUCUUUUUCGGUACAUACUUUGUCUACCAAAAUGCUAUCUUCGAAGAAAGUGGUAAAACACCUGAUCUCUGGUCAUACAGUGUAGGAAUGUUCUUCUCCAUAAUUCUGGGUGUGACUAUCCGACUAAUGGUGACACAAAGGCUGCACAACGUCUUCAGCAUGCUUUCAGUAGUCUUCCUGAGUCUUCUGCUCUAUUACACUUACAGUUGGUUAUCCAACCUGACCAGCUUCAGUAAGACUUAUUUAACAAGCGAGCAGUUGCACACAUCUCCUCUGUUUUAUUUGACCGUUUUCAUUUGCGCCGGAUUUAUCUUCUUGAUGGACUUUUUCCAACAGAGCAUCUUGGUCAAUUUAAUGGAAUCUCCUUCUGAAUAUAUGAGGAAGGCUGUCAAUAGUAAUAAGGGACUUCCUGAUGGAUGGGAGAUGGAAUUUGAUCGAUUGAUGAAGAAAAAGGAGCAUAAGUUCACAAUGCAAGACAUCGCCAAAGAGAACAACAACGUCGAAAGAAGAGAAAAAAGAAUGGUCAAGCUCGAGAAAGAACUUGAAGAAAAGAGAGAAAAACUAAGGAAAGAAGCUGCCAAGCAAAGAUCAUAA